UCACGCUCCACGCUAAGCUGGCUGCAGUCGUGCUGCUACUCACACCUUCUUAUUACAAACGCCAUGGUCUUGCGAUAGUGUGGCAGAAGACUCUGUUAGUGUCCGGCUGGUGGUGUCAGUCAACAGUACGGUGGUCGCCGGACGUCAUUUUCCCUCGGAACCUUAUCGCGAAGGUGCUGCGGACGGACUAUUUUUUUUCUUUCGUCCGCGCAGUCACCCCGGUUAGGUCGUGAGGUGGCCAAGAUGGCGGCAGCGCGCAAGGUCCAGAGUUUUUAAAGGGCACUCCAUGUUGACACAGCAGAGCCUUAGAAUAUACUGUGACAAAGCCUGUAUUCCUGCCCCCUGACCAGCACUGCCAUGGCCAAGGACCAGCCAAACGUGUUCGACCUCCUCCCCUUUUUGGAGUCCACAGAUUUACACGAACUGGAGCAGGUCAGAAGUCUGUUACAGGAGAGCCUCAGCACAGAUAAAGGAUCUGUGCUUGUCAAUGACCUUGUGGAUUAUUAUUUGGACACCAACUCUCCUCAGGCUGCAGACAUCCUGUCUUCUGUCAGGGAGCCUCACGACAAGCACCUUUUAGACAAGAUGAACGAGUGUAUGGCCAAGCAGAGCUUCAGACUACCAACCCUCACCCUCCUUGGCCAUGUAAUUCGUAAGCAGCCGUCGUGGAUCCACAAGAUCCCUCGCUUCCCGCUGCUCGCUUCACUGCUCAAAUGCCUCAAGACUGAAUCAGAUAUUGCAGUUCUCAUAACUGGAGUGCUGGUGUUGAUCAUCCUGCUACCCAUGAUACCACAGACCAGCAAACAACUCCUGUUUGAGUUUUUCGACAUCUUUGGAAGACUGGCAGCUUGGAAUCAGAGAAACCCUGGCCAUGCUCAUGGAGUGUAUGCAGUUCACCUUCACGCCAGCGUGUACUCACUUUUCCACCGCCUUUAUGGCAUGUACCCCUGCAACUUUGUGUCCUACCUGAGGGCCCACUAUAGUAUGAAGGAAAAUGUGGACACCUUUGAAGAGGUGGUCAAGCCAAUGCUGGAACAUGUACGGAUACAUCCGGAGCUUGUCACUGGAACCAAAGACUAUGAACUGGACCCAAAUAGGUGGAAGAGGUUCGAAACUCACGACAUUGUGAUUGAAUGUGCCAAAGUUUCCCUGGACCCGAAGGAGGCGUCUUGUGAGGAGGGCUACUCGUCCCUGCCUGACCACGUGCCACGGCGCCCUGUUGAUUACAGCAGGUCCUUGUCAGACCUCAGCAACCAUGGAAAUUCUUUCACCUCGAUGGCCACAGUCCGCCAGUCCCUCUCUCUUUCCUUACCCCAUCUCACAGUUACCCAGCAUGCAUGCCUCAGCCCACAGACCCCCAGCGGGCAGGGUCUUGAGGCGACGUCCUCAGGGAUGAAGGAGGUCUUGUGGAGCCCUUCCUCUGCGUGUGGGAUGAGUACCCCUCCCAGUUCUAGGGGAAUGUCCCCCACCACUGUCUCUGAUCUCUCACACAGUGCCUCGCACCUCUCGGGACGGGUCCCUAGCACACCAGUGGAUGGAAAAUGGACUCCAUCUGCCUCCACGCCCUCAGGGUCCUCUCCUCUCCCUUCACUCUCUGAAGAGCUUGAGCACACUGUCCAAAUCACCAGCACUACUCUUCCUCCUGCAAAGGCAAACCAGGAGCUAAUCAAAGAGCUGAAAAAAGGCACGCCCACAAAUAUCAACAGCAAAGGGGAUGCAGGAGAUGGUUUGAGUCCCAUUACGUUGAUGGAGCUUUCUGACUUUGUGAAGAGAACAGAGAGAGACAGAGAGGAAGAUGCCAUCACAGAAGCAGAGUUGCAGACACUAACCCAUGGCAGUGUAGACCCACUGCCCACACCAGGACAGGACUCCUCCUUUUCUAAUGCUGCUGAUGCUCCCCGCCCCUUAAACCCCAGCCAUGACACCCUGCCCUGUAAUCUGGCCUCCACACCGGAUAGAGGCCCAAGCGCUGCUAAAGGAGUGGGUCAGCAUCCUCCCAUGUCCUCCUGGCCCUGUUUCACACCUAUAGAGAACUCCUUCAGCCCCUGCGCUGCUGAGGACCCCUCAGUGGAGCUGUCCAAGGGACUGUGUCCCUACGAGCCGCUGUUUGACCUGGCCUUACCUAGGCUGGCCUCUCUGUUUGUGGAGAAGAGGACAGCAGAGGCUCAGCGGAAUGCUGGAGGACAGCAGGAACACAGAGAAGAACUGGAAGGAGAGGACCUGUCUGCCACGUCUCCUCUUGAGGUGCUGGAUCGUCUCAUCCAGCAAGGCAAUGACCUCCACGAGAAAGUGUUGAAGAGAUCUCCUUCUCUGUCAAGUCAGUCAUCUGAGCCACAUUCAGGAGGUAAACAUCAUAGCGCUAAAGGAAAAGGCAUAAGUCCAGGAGCUCCAGAUGAAUUAACAUUGCUGCGCAGUCAACAGCUGCUACUGCAUAACCAACUGCUUUAUGAGAGGCACAAAAGAGAGCAGCAUGCACUGCGCAAUCGCCGCCUCCUCCGCCGUGUUAUCAACGCCACUGCAUUGGAGGAGCAGAACAGCUCUAUGCAGACUGAAGACACCAGGCAUGACUUGGCUGAGCAGCUUCAUUUGGGAAAAGGGGAAAAUUGUAAGGCUCAGCUGCGGCUGCAGGAGGUGGAGAUCCAGACUCUGCGGGUGAGUCUGCAGGAAGAACGGCAGCGCUCAAAGCAUCUUCAGCGGGAUAGUGAGGCGCUUGUGCAGCAGCUCCACAGCCAGGUCCAGCAACUCCAGCAGGAAAGAAAUGACUAUCACACCAAGACUCAGGAACUGCAGAGUGACUUGCAGGACAGACAGAAAAGAAUGGGUGAGAUGGAGGCGGAGCUGCAGAGAGCCAAUAACAAACUGUGCAAUACAGGACACCUGCUCAGCCAGCUGUCUAUCAAGCUCAACAACAGUGAAAGUAUGGAGCAACAGAUGGCCUUCUUGAACAAACAGCUGCUGCUGCUAGGGGAAGCCAACAAACUGUGUGUGGAGGAAAUCCAGCGCUUAGGACCUGAAGCAGAUAAGGAGCUGAAGAUGCUGCAGGCGUGUUCUGCACGAGAGGUUGAGAGGUUGAGACAGAGCUCCAUGCAGCAGAGCCAGAGGCUGGAGGCAGCUCAGCAACGCAUCGCAGACCUGGAGGCCCAACUCACCAAGAAAGAACACCUCAUUCUGGAGCAGAAGAAACUUCUGGAAAAUGUCAAAGCCCAGGCCAAGGGGCAGCUGCAAGCUUCAGAGAACAGGUAUCUGGCCCAAAAGCAUGUGACUCAGGCACUGCAAUCUGAACUGCUUCAGCUCUACAGCCAGCUAGAGAUAAACAGUCUUUCCAACAGUACACCAGCAGGGGGUGCCGCUGAGCCCAGCGGCCCUCCAAACAAGAGCCCGAAUGGCAAUAAUGCAGGGCCUUCCACACCAGCCCAAAUCUCUGAGCCAAGCAAGAGAGAGGAGAGUUCAUACGUAUGUGUCAAUGGUGACUUCUCUCCUGGAUCUCCACCUUCCACUGCACUGAUCAACGGCAGUCAGGAAGAAGACCUGUCUCUCCUGUCCUGCAACUCCCCACUGGAUGUGGGCUCCUGUCCGAGUGCCCAGAGCUUCCUGGGAAUUCACAACCAAGAGCUGUUGAAUAAGAGGAAGAGCCGGCAUGAGGAGGAGCCAGCACCCCUUACCAGCCUGUCCCACGAUCUGCAGGAACACAACUCAGAACCUGUAGAAAAACCCCGACCUUGCCUGAACACUGAGGGCAUGUCAACCCAGAGCCUGCCAGAGCCAUCUGACCUCCAGCCUGUGGAUCGCCCCAGAGCCCGGGCCUACAACAUUCAGAGACGGAGGCAGCAGGACCUGCGGAUCAUGGACUACAACGAAACACAUUAGAAGAAGACAUGAGGAGAGCUUGAAAGGUUGGGUUAGCAGGACUUCUGCUUUGAACACUAGACAGGGUGAGGAACAGAUGUUUUGAACUCUGCAGCACUCUUUAUUUUUAAUGAAAGAGUGGACUGCAUUGUUUUAGCUAAUUUUUAAAAGCUCUAUCGUAUUACAAAAAUGGCCAAAAAAAGAAACAUGUAUAUACUGAGGGCUUAAAGCUACUGUCAGUAUGUUUUAGGAAUGGAUUUUGUUUUGGACUGUAGUUUACUGUAGUCUCUGUCUGCACUUUUCUCUUAGAGUAACCCUCUUCCAUUAGAGCCUGUAUGUAAACUGAAUUAGGUAAUGUUAUGUCAUUUAGCUCCUGGAACAUACUGAUUGUGGCUUUAACCAAUCCAUUCACCCUUAGACAGUCUUGUAACCAUCACAGGAUGAAAUCAGAACAUUUUGAUGUUUUAGUGUUUUUCUUUUCAGGUAAUUGCCUAACCAGGGGUUUGUUGCGGGAAUGGAUUAUUUUAUAGGCAUUUCGGCUACAUGCUCGUUUGAAAGCAACCUGCAGUGGUGGUUUUGUUGUGUUUGGAUUGCGUUUGGCCCUCAUUGUAUUUCCCAGCAAACCUAUUGCAUCAAUCAUUGUGUUUGCUUUUGUAACUGCCCAAUUGGAUAAUGGGCCCUUUCAGAUUUGGCCAAACCAAAAGGGUCUCUGUGAUUCAUGGUUAGAUGAAGUACAUGGAAAUAUCAUUAAUUACCAGAAAGCUUUUCUGACUCAUGAUUCGCUGCAGAAGGAGCAGUGCAAUAGACUAUUUUGUUCCCCUACAAAUUGAGCACUGUAAAUAGUUUGUGCAUCACCAAAUCAAACCCAAACAGUCUGAAAGAAAAAAAGAAAAAGGUAAGUAGCGCAGAAAGAAAAAUCAUACAUUGCAUUGCAAAAGCUAGCCAGAUGUGUAUGAUGUCGUAGCCUUGCUUUAUGUGCUUUGCCCAAAUAGGAAAAGAUGAAGCAAGCGUUAAAAGAUAGAGAUUUUAUUUUUUAUGAAUUCAGUUUAAUACUGGGGUUGCAUAGCCCAGUCACCAGUGCAAUACUUCUCUUAGCAUUACACUUCAUGCCAGCUCAAAAGCAUGAAAGAUGAAGCCACAUAGGUGUUUUCGCUGCUUGGCAAGACACAUCAAAGUCUUGCUCCACAUGAGCUAUGCUGCUGUUCAGUUCAUCCUGCAAAGAUGUAGUGCCUCACAUUUGGCCCCUCCAGGCUCUUCAGUGAAAGAUGUCUAGGCUAUUUGAUUUUACAGUUAUCACAGUUGCAUAAUGAGAAACCAUCGCUGCUUGGAAUGUAUGUGAAAUGUGAAUGUUCCAUGGUAACAAUGUACAGACAACAGCUACAGAAAAUACACUAAAACUCAAUAGAAGAACUUACAACGGAAAUCUAAGCUCACAUGUGAAUGGACUAAUGUCAGGAGUUUUUUUUUUUUCAUAUUCCGUUCAUUCUCUCUAUUACACAUUGCAAAUCUUUUGGACAGAAUAGCUUUCUAAUCGUCAAAGUAAAAGCAUUUCUCCUUUUAGCCAAAUUAAGGCUAUUUAUGAUCUCUUGCAGUUCAGAUCUAUGGGCUGAAUUGCCCAAGAAAAAAGAUCCAAUGCAAAAUGUCAGUUAAAAUGUGAAAACAGGUAGAAAAGAAAAUGUGAAAUAUUGCUUGAAGUAGCACAGCUUUAACCUGUAACUCAGAGAAAUGCCUCAGAUUUGCAUUGGUAAGGAAGUCUUGGAAGUUCUUGUAAACUGUUCAAGCCUAUUCUUGGACUUGAAAGGAUUUUAAGCGGUGCGUCACUAGGAUAAUUUUGUUCAGGAAACCAACCCUGAGUGCUCCCUGUGGAUGAGAAAUAUCUGCCAAGACUUACUAUUGCACCUGCUCACAAUUACAGAUCUUGCAGCUUAUAUUUCAUUUUAAUGAAAUGUAUCCAUAAAUGUUGUUACUGCUUGUUUUGCGAGCAAAAGCCCUCCCAGACAUUUGUGUGAUUUAUAUAGUUCACAAAAUGCCUUAAUAUGAAUAGGACAUCUCUCCUUGCCCCAGAGGCCAAAUUCCAAUGGUUUUUACAACUAUGGUACAAUUUGACAACAAUCUGGAGUGGAGUCAGAUGUCCUCAGGGACUCUGUUCAAAAAGUAUUGAUUCUGAAUAGACACACAGAGAAAAGGUAUUCUACUUGUUAAGCUAUGAUCAAGAAAAAUAAAAAAAUAUAUGUUUUGCA